UUCGCCUCCACCCCCACCCCCACAACCACAGAGAGAGAGAGAGAGUCCCUUCCCACCCCACCCCACUCUCCUCGCGCGCCCCCCGCUCCGGAGGGCGAUCUCGGGAGGAACGGCGGGCGUCCCGCGGCGAGUUGUAUUAUAUGGUUGUCGGCCGCGAUUUUGCUGUUAAUCUUGUCAAGUUGGUGAGUACCUGGAAGCUGCAAUGACUGAAAACACCCAGGGCAGUGUCCGGCGGGCCUUUGGAGACCUGACAAAUGUCCUUGGCAAGCGGCCAGCCUCAUGCGAUCUGGAGAAGAAUGCAGGUGGAGUCAAGAUUAGUCGGGUCGAAAAGGUCGCUGACCCUAGGAAAGAGUCUGAUGAAAAGGCAAAGGCCAAUGCUGGGGCAUCAGGAAACCUUUUUGAAGUUCUGGUUGAUGGUAUUGGCAAAGAGGACUUCACAAGGACUUCAAUUUUCCGUGGAGCCAAGGUUCAGCACAUGGCUGCUCAGGCAGCUGGGCUACUAUCCAAGGAUGAUGAUGACGCGAGGAAUCGUUGCGUAUCUUUGGAUUCUUCUGGCCUCAACGACAAGGCGGAGUCUUCCUUGGAAUCAGAGGGUGGCUGUGAAGGGGAAGAUGAUGAAGACACUGAUAGAAAUCAGAAUUCGCAGUCUUCAUUUGACGCUACAGCUCGUGAUGACAUGACAUGUACAAAUGUCCAGCAUCCUCCAAUGGAGGUUGGUGGCUUGGAAAAAUCAUGUGCUACAAAGUCUUGCACUUGCUCUUUCUGUCUUAAGGCUGCUUUUAUGUGGACUAAUCUCCAUUAUCAGGAUUACACGUAG